AUGAGUAUUUUACUCAAAUGGAAGAAUAAACUUCACGAUCCAUCGUUAUAUGAAACGAAGAUUCGUGAGUUUGACGAACGUGUAUCAACUCUCAAAAAUGAAAAUGUCGAAUUACACAAACGUAUCGAUCAGCUUGAGGCUUUGUGUACAACAAGUGUAGACACUCAACAAAGACGUUUCCUUGAAGAACAUAUACGUCAACUUGAACAAGAAAAUGGACGACUAUUUGCUGAAAAUCAAUGUCAACGGCAAGAAUAUGAGCGAUUUUUAGAUCAAUUAACAACAAUGGUUUUAAGAACAGCAGUCUUGCAAGAAAAUAUUCGUGAAGAAUGUGCAUCAAUAUAUCAUGUUAUUGAACGGCUAUCAACAUUAACAACUGAUGCAAUAGAAGCUAAACGUUCAAAUCAAAUUGGACAUCGAACAAAGCGUUUGCGAAGUUUAUCAUGGGAGAAUUUAAAACAACCAUAUGAACUUAUCUCUAAUUAUCAAUUAUUGUCAACAUCACCUGAAACUACUGCUGAAUUUUUUCGACAUUUAUAUCAAAACCGUUCAUCAUUAUCAUCGUCAUCAUCAUCAUCGUGUUCAUCAGCAACAACUCAUUGUUCAUUUUCAACAUCGGGUAGUUGGACACUUGAUUUAUCAUUAUACAAUAAAAAUAGAAAAAUUCAAUCACCAAUACUUCCAAUAUCAAACGAAUUGAUAGACUCACAACCAAAACAAAAAGAAGAAGACAAACAACAACAAGAACAAGCAACAAUUCUUCAACGUUCAGAAACAUUUGUAGUAUCAAAACUACCACAAGAACAAUCAUCUUCUACUACAUCUGAUGUAAAAAUAAUGACAACUAACAAUGAACGUAAUCUAAAUUCAAAUGUUCAACGUUGUCCUGUAACACGAACAAUAGCAGCUACAACAUCAAGUGUUGUUCGUCCUUCACGACUUCCUUCUCGUUGUUCAACUAAUCGUAAUAUAAAUGUUAAUAAUUCUUCAAAUGCAAAAACUCAACCAUUAAAUAAUAAUAAUAAUAAUAAAAAUAAUAAUAAUAAUAAUAAUAAUAAUUGUCGUUCGUUAUCUGUAAAUAAAGCUUCGAAAUUACCCGUUAGAACAACAACCUCAUCAACAAAACAGGUACCAUCAAUAAAAAAAUCAAAUAUUUCAACACCUGUUACGACAACGACUAAAAAAGAUUCAACUUUAACAUCAGCUCGAGCUGUUACAUCAGUUAAUAAUACAACGACAAAAAAGACAAUUUAUCCAGUAGCAACAUCAAAACCGUCAGCUGUACAAAAUUCAUCAUCUAAAUCUCGAUCUCGUUCUAUAACAACAGUCAGUAAUAAUAAUAAUAACAAUAAGAAUACUUCUAUUCAACCAUCAUUAAAUAAACAUACAAGAACAACACCACCAGUUGUAAAAAAAUCCACAAUAGAAACAGUUAUAUCAUCAAAAAAAAUAGUUAAACCAAUUGAAGAAAAAUCUAUUUGUCCUAUUGAACAAAUGAAUUCAACAUCAAGCGAAUCAAGUAUUGAAGAAAAUCAACAAAGAAAUAAAUUAUUAACAACUAUACAAGACGAAGGAUAUUCAACAUGGUCAUCAUCUGAUGUUAAAGAUGAUAUACGAUCAAAUAAUAAUUUAAAGAAAAAUGUAACCGACGAACGGCGACGAAAUACAGGACUUGUAAAAAAUUGGCUUGAUACAUCAAAUAAACGAUGUUCUAGAAAACCGGUGAAAGAAGUUGAUAUUGAUAAGCUCGAAGAAUUUACUCGAGAAUUAUCUGAUACUUCAUCCAUUAUUUGUCCAUUUGUACGAAAUCGUUGUUCGAAUGGUAUAAUCAUUCCUCUUGCAUCUACAAAAUUAUUAUCAUCACCUCCACCACUUGCAGAUAAAGAUAUUUCACUUGAUAGUCUUGAUGGUGCUGAUAGUCCUCAACCAAAAGAUCAAACUAUAACAUCAUCAUCAUCUUCAUCCUCGACAACAUUUUCUCGUUCUGAAACAUUUGAAAAACUUGUAAUGAAAGAUACAUUACCAAUAAUAACAGAUGAUUUAGCUGAUUCAACAGAUUCAACAUGUUCAGAUCUAAAUCAAUUAUUUAAUAUAUCAGAAUAUAUUGAAGAUAAUUUUAUUGAUCAAGAUGAUAAUUGUAAUCAACAAUCAUCAACAUUUAAUACAUCAAUAAAAAAUCAAAUUCAAAUAAAACGACAACCACAAAAACGUCUUAUGUUUCCGGGUUUAUUAAAUCGUUUAAUAUUUCUUCGUCGUGUUUUAUCCGAUUCAGAUUUAAGACAAAAAUUAUGUUGUAUUAGUGAAAAUGAAAUAAAAUUUCAUGUAUAUCAUUCAAAUACAAUAAAUGAACAUUCAAUUGAACUGAAUUUAAUGAAUACAUAUGGUUCAGAAAGUGAAUUACAUGUUUGGUCGCAUGAUUGUGCUGAACAACGGCGAUUUGCUAAUGAACGACAACAACAAUCAUUAAUAACAUCAAAUCAAUCUCAUUCAAAAUUAUCUCAUAUUGAACGAAUGAUACGAAUGACUCUUGACGAAAAUGAAGAAGAUGAAACAAAUUUAUUUGAAUCCGAUAAUGAAGAAUAUGAUCAACAAUUAGCACUUGAACGUCAAACAUUAUUACAACAAAUAUACGAGUAUCCAUGGUUAUUACAAGAUGAUGAUAUUGAUCAAGCAACGAUAUAUUCAUCACCAAAUAGUGAACAACCAUUAUUAUCACCUUCACCUGAUAUUGUUGUUCCAUCACAUAAUCCAGAUUUUUAUCAAUUAUGUGCAUUAACAAAUAGUAGUUCAUUUGCAACAUCAUAUGGUACAAAUUCUAGACAUACAACACCACCCAUAGCUUCAUCUGUUUUAUAA